AUGGCCACCACGGCUUCUUCUGCCCCCGACAUGGGCACAGUCACCACGCUCCAUCCGAACGUCAACAUGGCCGCUGUUGCACCUAUGGGCCCGAUUCCCAGCGUUGCUCCGUACGAGACAUCCCCGCCUCAACCAUCUCCGCAUACUCUUGCUACCGGCGCGUCGGUACCCACGCCUGCAUCUGCGCAGACCCCUGUACCACCUGCUGUUGGCGGACCAACAGGCUCCGCCGCCGCCGCCGCCGCCGCCGCCGCAGCAGCAGCGGCGGCGGCAUCGGCAUCGCGCAGCGUCAAAAGGCCGCGUCCCGUCAAGUCGUGUACCGAAUGCCGCAAGCGGAAGUUGAGAUGUGAUCGCAAUCUGCCGUGCUCUCAGUGCCAGAAGUCGCACCGCAACUGCAAGUAUGCUGUCGAACCGGACUCGUCAGUGCUGUCAGACGGCUCCGAUGCCGAGAUGGGUGAUUUGCAGCGACCCCCAAAGAGAAAUUGCCUACCUUCAACCACGCCCUCGGGACCACAGCCAGCCGAGCCCUCACUUGUGCCCCUGCGCAAUGGAGAGUCGGCCGCGCCUUCGGCUCUGGAGGAAUUGACGUCCCGGUUGGAGCGCUUGGAGAAGCAGUUCAUGAUCCGGAGUCCCGCAGGCACUGAGUUCAGUGGAACUGGUCAGCGUUUGCCGCUGCCGGCAGAAACGAUACGAGGACUGACUGUUAAGAGAGGCGCCCUACGGACACGCUUCUUUGGCCAAAACAGCGUGCGUGUCAUGCUGAACCUGUUCGAUGACGCCAAGGACUUCAUGGCAAAUCAGUCCAAAAUUGAGGGUAUCAGAGACAUCAUGUAUGGCCUGCAGAUACUCCACAGGCGAUUCCAGGAAGAGUACCGCAAGUCCCUGUCCCCGAUCUCUGUCUUUGCCGACUCUGUAAUCCCGGUCCAGAAGCGCAUGCAGGAUAUUCUUCCGAAGAAGGCAGUAUGCGACAGGCUACUGGCCUCUUACAUUGAUACGUCCGAAACCAUCUACCGAAUGAUUCACGUGCCGACGUUCAAAGAACAGCACGAACUGUUCUGGGAAGGCAAGAUACCGGGGGACACCUUCUUGCCACAGCUUCUGGCGGUCUUGUCCAUCGGGUCGAGGUUUGAGACGAAAUCCAAGGGGCUCGGCCAUGAACGUGUCGAAGGCGUGCACAUCCCGACGGCAUGCGCGCUCGUCAGGUCGUGGCUGGACGGCCUCAGGGGCAAGCAGUUGGUUGACUUGACGACGUUGCAGACCGAGAUCCUGCUGGUACACGCACAGCGAAUGACGACCCCGCGGCAGCAAGAUUCGUGGACACAGUUGGGGUAUAUCGUGCGCAUGGCCAUGACCAUGGGCUUGCACCGAGAUCCGUCCGAAUUCGAACCCAGGGUGCCGGUAUUCUUUGGUGAGCUUCGAAGAAGGCUGUGGUUUACGAUCCUGGACAUGGAUUUGCACCUGUCCCUAGCUUGCAACCUCCCCUGUCUUGUGCGCGACGGAGACUUUACGUGCAGGCCGCCCCGAAACCUCGACGACAGCGAUCUCUAUGUUGACAUGAAGGAACUACCGCCAAGCAAGCCGAUCGACCAGCUUACCGACAACCAGAUGCAGGUGUAUGCCGCCAUGACGCUCGGCGUUCGAAUGCAGGUUGCGCACUUGAUCAACCGCGUCGAUUCCAUCCGGGACUACAGCGAAAUCAUCGAAGUCGGGACAAAGCUGGAUCGGUUCUUGGAAGACAUCAACUAUCUGUUCCCCCGCCAUGGCAUAUUGAACGAAGCGGAGAAGAGCAGGCAGUGGAGGUCCAGAGUAAUCCUCGAUAUGCACGUGCGACGGCCGUUGCUGGCCCUCUAUCGACCGUUCGCUCUGGGGCUGCCGGACGCGCCAUCACAGAUAUCGAGGGCAUACUUGCGAUCCUCCAUGGUCAUAAUGCGGUAUCUCGACGAACUCGACCCGUUGCUCACCCAUUUCCAAGACAUUAGCGAUAUGUACCACAUGGUGCUGAAGAGGGACAUUUUGCAGGCAGCCUUCAGCGUGUGCUUCUACAUAAAGGCUGCCACCGAAUCGCGCGUCACCGGCAACACACUAGGGAUAGCCUCCACCGUGGCCAUGUCUCCAAACCCUGAGGACGAGGGCGUAGCUUUCAGCACCGAGACGUUUGCGCUCUGGUCGCCGUCACGCCUUAUCAAGACGGUCGAGAAGACACUCGACCUGCUUGUCCGCAAUGUCGGCGGCAACGAUCUCAAGGACAUCGUUGCGCUUGCUGUCGUACUGGCUUCUGUGCAAACAGCGAACCAAGAGCAGAAGUUGCACAGCAUCCGACUUAGCUUGCAGAGCGUCCUUGACGCAUGCAAAGCCUCGACCAACACGAACCCCGAAAAGAUGUCCCUGCAGAAUCCAGCAGAUUCGAUGGAUCCUUACAUGCAGACAAGAGCGCCAUCCACGUUUCAUGCGAAUGCGUCGGCAGCUGGAGUAAGUGACCACGGCGGCUGGGUUCUGUGGGACGGAUGUAACUGGGCUGAUGCAUGGUCGGCAGACUCCGGAUGA